UGGGGCGUGGCCUUGAAUCCCCGCCCUCCGGCCCAGGCAGGGGGCCGGGUCCAGGACGCCACCGCCAGUAAGAUGUCGCAACCCGGGGUUCGGCUGGUGUGGCUGGGUCGCGUGCAGUAUGCUGAGCUACUGGCGCUACAAGAGCGCUGGCUGCGGCGACUGCAGGCCGAGCCUGCAACUAAGGCCUCGUCGGGGACUGAGGCGGGCGCGCUCCUGCUGUGCGAGCCCGCGGGGCCCGUGUACACAGCCGGGCUGCGGGGUGGCCUGACACCGGAGGAAACGGCGCGGCUGCGGGCCUUGGGCGCCGAGGUGCGUGCCACAGGCCGCGGCGGCCUAGCCACCUUCCACGGCCCGGGGCAGCUGCUUUGCCACCCGUUGCUGGACUUGCGGCGCCUAGGCCUGAGCUUGCGCACUCACGUGGCGGCGCUGGAGGCGUGCGCCGUGCGCCUGUGCGAACUCCAGGGCCUCAGAGGCGCCCGCGCGCGGCCCCCGCCCUACACCGGCGUCUGGCUGGGCGAGCGCAAGGUUUGCGCAAUCGGAGUUCGUUGUGGAAGGCAUAUCACAUCCCACGGCCUGGCUCUGAACUGCUCUACGGACCUCACAUGGUUUGAGCAUAUUGUACCUUGCGGACUGGUUGGGACAGGCGUCACUUCCCUAAGUGAGGAGCUCCAGAGGCACAUCACCGUGGAUGAAGUAAUGCCAUCUUUCCUUGUGGCCUUUAAGGAGACGUACAAGUGCACACUGGUCUCGGACCACAGCCCCAGCUAAAGAGUAUUCAUGUUAUCCCAGCCAGGAUGACCCUGUCUUAGAAACCACCAAAUCUGACUUGAGUCACUGGAACCCCAGUUCUAGACCUGGCUUAUUAUUCACUGACUGUGAGACCAAGGGCAAAUCAUGAGCUCUGAACCAUUGUCUGCUUAUGUGUUGCAGUUUAAUUAUAUUAUCUUUGCCUACCUCAGGUUCUAGAUUGAAAACAUGAAAAGAAACAUGCUGUAUAACAUUAGUAUGGCCAGUUUCUCAGCCUAGAGAAACUCAGAUGUCAUAGACUGACAUUCUCAAUUGUUUGUUACUUUCCUAAUACUGUAUCUAAUUGAAUAUUUCUGGUGGAGUUCCAUUGAUUUUUGUAGGAAUCAAAUCCCUGGAUGGCCCACAUUAAAGUGAUGUGAUGUGGCACUUUUUGCAUUCUCAAGAGACCUGGGUGCCUUCUGCAAUAAA